GCCUGGGACGGGCUCGCCGCUGCAGCCCCCGGAGCAAGCGCUGAAGUCGGGGAGCCGAGAUUUGCAGCUGCUGCAACUACUCCGUCUGCCCAGUGCAGGGGGUUCCCCGCACCCCGCAUUCCCGGAGCUGUCGGCGGCAUGGCACGCGCCGCUUUGUCCGGGCUUUGCUUCGGGGUGCUGCUGUGGAGCUCGAGCCUCUUCCCCUUGGCUUCCCUGCAGCCGCAGCGGGGGAGCGUGUGGUGCCCCAGCCGCUGCCUCUGCUUCCGCACCACGGUGCGCUGCAUGCACCUCAUGCUGGAGAGCGUCCCCGCCGUGGCGCCGCAGACCACCAUCCUGGAUUUGCGAUUUAAUAGAAUUAAAGAAAUCCAACCUGGUGCAUUUAGACGUCUUAAAAAUCUGAACACACUACUUCUGAAUAACAACCACAUCAAAAGAAUACCUACUGGAGCAUUUGAAGACCUUGAAAAUUUAAAAUAUCUCUAUUUGUACAAGAAUGAAAUCCAGUCAAUUGACAGGCAAGCAUUUAAAGGACUUGCCUCUCUAGAACAACUGUAUCUGCACUUUAAUCAAAUUGAAACCUUGGAACCAGAAUCAUUUACCCAUCUUCCAAAACUUGAAAGAUUAUUUUUACAUAACAACAGAAUAUCACAUUUAACUCCUGGAACAUUUAGUCAUUUGGAAUCUAUGAAAAGACUGCGUCUGGAUUCAAAUGCACUUCAUUGUGACUGUGAAAUACUUUGGCUGGCAGACUUGCUAAAGACAUAUGCUGAGUCUGGUAACGCCCAAGCUGCAGCUACUUGUGAAUAUCCCAGAAGGAUCCAGGGAAGAUCAGUAGCCACAAUAACCCCAGAAGAACUUAACUGUGAGAGGCCAAGAAUUACAUCAGAGCCGCAGGAUGUGGAUGUUACCUCAGGGAAUACCGUUUACUUCACUUGCAGAGCAGAAGGCAAUCCCAAACCAGAAAUUAUUUGGCUUCGAAACAAUAACGAGCUUAGUAUGAAAGGAGAUUCCCGUUUAAAUUUGCUUGAUGAUGGCACACUGAUGAUUCAGAACACGCAAGAGACGGACCAAGGCAUUUACCAGUGCAUGGCAAAAAACGUGGCUGGAGAAGUAAAAACUCAAGAAGUCACCCUGCGCUACUUUGGUUCACCGGCUAGGCCAAGUUUUGUGAUCCAUCCACAAAACACAGAGGUGCUGGUUGGAGAAAGUGUCACUUUGGAGUGUAGUGCUGCUGGUCAUCCCCAACCACGCAUCACAUGGACAAAAGGUGACAGAACCCCACUACCGAAUGAUCCCCGAGUCACCAUAACUCCAUCAGGAGGGCUUUAUAUACAAAACGUGGCUCAGGAAGAUGGUGGCGAAUAUACGUGUUUUGCAGCCAACAGCUUAGAUAACAUCCAUGCAACUGCAUUUAUUAUUGUACAAGCUGUACCCCAAUUUACUGUGACGCCUCAAGACAGAUCAGUGAUUGAAGGGCAAACUGUUGACUUCCCAUGUGAAGCCCAGGGCUAUCCACAACCAGUUAUUGCAUGGACUAAAGGAGGAAGCCAGCUAUCUGUAGAUAGAAGGCACUUAGUCUUGUCAUCAGGAACCCUGAGGAUUUCCAGAGUUGCUUUACAUGACCAAGGCCAGUAUGAAUGUCAGGCUGUCAACAUUGUAGGAUCUCAAAGAGUUGCUGUACAUCUGAGUGUGCAGCCUAGAGUUACUCCUGUGUUUGCAAAUGUUCCAAGUGAUAUGACCGUGGAAGUUGGCACAAAUGUACAGAUUCCAUGCAGUUCACAAGGAGAACCUGAGCCAGUAAUAACAUGGAAUAAGGAUGGUGUUCAAGUUACAGAAAGUGGAAAAUUUCAUGUGAGCCCCGAGGGAUUUCUUACUAUUCAUGACGUUGGACCAGCAGAUGAAGGCCGUUACGAAUGUGUUGCUCGAAAUACUAUUGGAUAUUCUUCAGUUAGUAUGGUGCUAAGUGUGAAUGUUCCUGAUGUCAGUCGGAAUGGAGAUCCCUUUGUAGCAAGCUCAAUUGUUGAAGCUAUUGCAACUGUUGACAGAGCAAUAAAUUCAACUCGCACACAUUUGUUUGACAGUCGCCCUCGCUCUCCAAAUGAUUUGCUAGCGUUAUUUCGGUACCCAAGAGAUCCUUACACGAUUGAGCAAGCAAGAGCAGGAGAGAUAUUUGAGAGGACGUUGCAGCUCAUUCAAGAACAUGUGCAAGAUGGUUUAAUGGUUGAUCUAAACGGAACAAGCUAUCACUAUAAUGAUCUUGUAUCUCCACAGUACUUGAACCUGAUAGCUAACCUGUCAGGCUGCACAGCUCAUAGGCGUGUGAAUAACUGUUCAGAUAUGUGCUUUCAUCAGAAAUACAGGACACAUGACGGCACCUGUAAUAACCUUCAGCAUCCAAUGUGGGGAGCCUCUUUGACCGCCUUUGAACGCCUAUUAAAGUCAGUUUAUGAAAAUGGAUUUAAUCUACCAAGGGGCAUUGGAUCGAACCGCCGUUACAAUGGAUACACACUCCCAAUGCCUCGUUUAGUUUCCACUACUUUGAUCGGAACUGAAACGAUAACCCCCGACAUCCAGUUUAGUCACAUGUUAAUGCAGUGGGGCCAAUUCCUGGAUCAUGACCUCGACUCUACGGUUGCUGCUCUAAGUGAAGCCAGGUUUUCCGACGGCCAGCAUUGCAGUUCAGUUUGUACAAAUGACCCUCCGUGUUACUCCAUUAUGAUCCCGCCCAAUGAUCCUCGAGUCCGAAAUGGAGCACGGUGCAUGUUUUUUGUGCGUUCAAGUCCGGUGUGUGGAAGUGGCAUGACAUCCCUUCUCAUGAAUUCUGUUUACCCUCGAGAGCAGAUUAACCAGCUGACCUCCUAUAUUGAUGCAUCCAAUGUAUAUGGUAGUUCAGAGCAUGAGGCACAGGAAAUCAGAGACCUAGCCAGUCACAGGGGUCUUCUGAGACAGGGCAUCGUACAGAGAUCUGGAAAGCCUCUUCUUCCAUUUGCUACUGGUCCUCCCACGGAAUGUAUGAGAGAUGAAAACGAGAGCCCAAUUCCUUGUUUUUUAGCUGGUGAUCACCGUGCCAAUGAACAGCUGGGGCUCACCAGCAUGCACACUCUGUGGUUUAGAGAACACAACAGAAUUGCCACAGAACUACUGAAACUGAACCCGCACUGGGAUGGUGAUACAAUAUACCAUGAAACACGCAAAAUUGUUGGUGCAGAAAUGCAACAUAUAACCUACAGCCAUUGGCUGCCUAAGAUUUUGGGAGAGGUAGGCCUUAAAAUGCUUGGCGAAUAUAAAGGUUAUGAUCCCAAUAUUAAUGCUGGCAUAACUAAUGAGUUUGCAACUGCUGCCUUUAGGUUUGGUCACACACUGAUCAAUCCAAUUCUGUAUCGGCUGGAUGAAAACUUUGAGACUAUCCCACAAGGCCAUAUACCUCUUCAUAAAGCAUUCUUCUCUCCAUUUCGGAUUGUUAAUGAAGGGGGUAUCGAUCCACUUCUAAGGGGUUUGUUCGGUGUUGCGGGUAAGAUGCGUGUGACAUCACAGCUGCUUAAUACAGAAUUGACAGAGAGGCUUUUCUCCAUGGCGCGGGCCGUUGCUUUAGAUCUGGCUGCAAUGAAUAUCCAGAGAGCUAGAGACCACGGAGUUCCACCUUACCAUGAUUUUAGAGUUUAUUGUAACCUUUCUUCUGCGCACACGUUUGAAGAUUUGAAAAAUGAAAUUAAGAAUCCUGAUAUCAGGGAGAAGCUUAGCAGGUGAGCUCCAGGGAAAGAUCAUCAUGAAUGUUCAUGAAAUGUUUUAAAUGAAGACGAACAUUGGUGUUCAGAGUUCAUGUAACCUCAUUUACCUAUGAAGAUCUCAUAUAU